AUGCUCAGCGCAGCAGCAGCUCGCCGCACAGGCAGCGUCUUCAUCCGAACACCCACCUCCCUCUCCUCACGCACCAUUGCAUUCUCAACGCGCCCGCGCCCGCUACAGCAUCUACCAAAGUCAAAUGCUUCAAUCGCAUACAAUCAUCUCCGAUCCUCACCUCCCACCUUCACCCGCCAUGUCCUCAACCCCUCCCACCAAACGCGAUCCCUCUCCUACUUGCAGCGCACGAGACUCGGCCUCCGACAGGCGUCGAAAGGAAUCUGGCGCAAGAACCCCGUCCUCCUACCCUUCGCCAUCGUGUCAGUCAUUGGUGCGACGUUGUUCUUCGCCUACAUCGCCUACAUCGAGGUGACGCAAAACGCACCCCAGUACCACAAGUUCCCGCCGACAGUUGCAAACGAACUACGCAAGGCAGUAUACUACACGGAUGUAGUCCUGGACCCGCAGCACGCGCUGAAAUAUUACAAAUCGGCUUUGAAAGCUGCGCUCGAAGUUGGCAUGCAUCCUUACUCGGAUGAGGUGGUUGGAAUUAAACUGCAGGUUGCGAAGAUGUUAGAGCAGGCGGGGAUGGCAAAACCAGCCAUUGACCUGUUGGAGCGGACAAAGGCGGAGUUGUUAGCUUGGGUUGAUACCGGGCGAAAAGCAGCUGCGGAAAAGAAGGAAAACGAGGAAAAGCACAAGAAGACGGCCGAAGAAUCAGCUAAGGCAAAGCUCGACAAGACCAAGGCUGAGAAUGCCGUACAAACGAAACUCGAGAUCAACAACCAGCAAAUUAUAGACACAUAUGAGGAAAUUAAACGGCGCGAGGAAUACGAUGAGCAGCAGCGCGACAAGGCUAUGAAGAAGGCCGUUGGUAUCUGUAUAAAGAUAGCGGAUCUCUACGACAGCGAUUUCAUACAGGACCCCAAGAAGGCCGAGGCCGCUCAGGAGGCAGCCGUCGAACUUAGCCUGAAGGAGCUUGCGUACCGCCAGGGCUCGGGCCUUCCUGUUAAUGGCAGCUCCGGCGGUGAUGAUGAGAAAAUCGCCUGGCUGACCCGGACAGAUGUUGUGAUUGCUCUUGUCGAACUAGCCCAGACCUACUUUGCCUCGGACAACAAGGCGGAUCUUUCCAUCCCUCUCUUUCUACGUGCUUUGGAAAUCCUCCGCCAGGAAGAAGGACCCAACCCAACCUGUAGACAGGUGAUGCUUAUAGGCGACGUUGCUGCCGCAAUGGGUGGUCGAGCCCAACUACCAUUCCGGGUUGAAGACCCAGAGGCUGCUCGCGCGCAGACCAUCGACAAUGCCAGGCAGUGGGCGGCGAAGGCUCUCGAAAUUAAUGAGAGGAUCCCUGAAGGUGAAAAGGACGAGGGUUGCUAUGUAUCCUGUGUCCACGUGAAGUAUACUCUCGGCGAGUUUGCGGAGCAGCAAGGGAAGCUGAAGGAGGCUAAGAAGUGGUAUAGACAGGCACUAGAUGGCGCCAAAGACUAUGCUCAGCGGGCGGCCGAUGACCCCGAAAGUGGUGAUCUAGUUGCUCUGUUGGAGGCUUCUUUGGCAAGAGUGUCGAAGAAAUAA